AUGGUGGGUGGCUGCGGCCAGCUUGGCCACAUCCCAUUGCAUCGCAUCGCAUCGCGAGGCUCUCCCUUCCGGGCAAGAACAGGGCUGGGCCGUGUUCUCCGGCCUCUCCUGCAGCCCCUCAGCAGCUCUGGCUGUGCUCGCUCUUUACCAGAUGCAGCCCUGGACCGGACACAAGAACAGGAACCCGCCCAUGGCCGCUUCCGCAGAACAGCGCAGGUACCUGCGGCCAUCCCCACCUGGGCUGGGCCUGCUGGCACUGCUCAGCUGAGCACCAAGUGGUUGGAGCACUCCAUGCAUUCUCCCUCUCUUCCUGCCCUUCUCCUGUAGACCAUCUGUCAAUUCAUCACGUGCAUUUGGCAGGAAGAGACCACAGGUGUGGGCACCAGGAUCUUGGCAAGCUUUCACCUCUUCAGUGCCAAGACCAGUGCUGCCAUGCUGGAUUUGCUGGUGGAGAAGGGUGUUUCCAAUGCAAAGCAAGUGCCAGCCAUGGUGAGGUACAUCCACCGGUGGCUCAUGGCCAACAAGUCUGCUGAGCACAGGCUGGACAAAGCCCUUCUGGAGCUGACCAAGGAAUACCCCUCUGAUGUGCUGAUCACUCUCUUGCGCUGGGCCCCAUCGUGUGACAGAGCUGCCGUGACCAUGUGGGGGACCAUCAUGUCCUCGAGCAGGACCGUGGAGCCAGCGCUGCAGAUCCUCCUCGAUGUGCUGAGUGCCUGGCCAGAGGACAGCAUGUACACCUCUGAUGGGGAGAGCACAGGGGUCUUUGCCCUGGCUGCAACCUUGACACUGUGGACAGUCUUCAAUCUGACCUGGUGCCCACCUGUAGCGCUGGAGUAUUUUCCCAAUCUCUUUCUGCAUCUGCUCUUCCAAGCUUACAUCAGCACGCUGGAUAUGCCAGAAGAGGUGGAUACCUUCUGGAAGAAAUGCCAGGAGCAACACAGCCUUGCUGCCCACCCCAACAGCUUUGCACUGCAGACCCUGAAGGCCCUGCUCUGCCAAAUGCAGUACGAGGACGUGAUGCUAGUAAUGGAAUGCAGGUGUGCCUGGAACACGCUGCUCUGUGCUGACACCCACCACUAUGCAGUGGGUCUGCUGUCCAGGGAGAUGCACUGUGUCUCCAUCAUCUGGUGUUGCAGCAUCGCAUCCUGCCUCUUUGACCUACUCAGCCAAGACAUUUCAGACUGGGAACUGCCUGCCCUGGCCUUCCUGGUGGAGGUCCUGGACUGCCUGGACUUGAGUGCAUGCAGUGAAAAGGUCCUUCAGAUCAUGACAAAGCACCUGCAGAGCAAGUCCAGGGAUGUGUGUCGCGUGGCGCUCAGACGCCUUGUGGUGCUCAGCCAGGACCCCUCGAUGAAUGAAAGAAUGUACAGCCUGACUGAAAGCCUCGGCAACCUCCUGCGGGCCGUGGAUGAAGACAUUGUUGAGAUGACGGUCGUUGUUCUCAGCUCUCUGCUCUUCAACAAAGACCUUGCAAUAGCCAGCCCCAUUGCCCUGCAGCUGGCUGAGGCGCUCUGGCAACUCUUUGACAAUGACGACAGCCUUGUGAAGCUGCUCUCCGUUUGCCUCUUCCAAGAGGUGAUGAACUUGGUGGUGGCCAAGGGAAAAAAGUCCCUGAAGAAGCAUGUGAGCCAGAGCCUGCUCCCACUCUUCUUCAACUGUCACGAUGAGAACUGGCGUGUGGCACAGGCCUCUCAGGAAAUGCUGCUUUCUGCAGUAAGGUUCCUGAAGAGAAGGGAUCUGCAGCAGCUGGUGAAAACGGAUCAGAUGUGGAGCUUUGCCGAGCGCUUGCUGGCAGAGGACAGGAGCCGAGCGGCCGAGCACCUGCGCCGGGCCCUGCCCUAUGUGCAGAGCCCACAGGAGCCCCUGCGAGAGGCGGCCGUCAGGUUCAUGGGGAUCGCCGGGCGCUGCCUCAGAGGACAGCAGCAAGAGUUCCGCAUCCUCUGCAGGGCCCUUCAGGACAUGGCAGAUGACAUAAGCCCUGCCAUCUCAUGCCUGGCCCUUCAAACUCUGUACAUCAAUUUAGCUGUACAGGCCACUCCCUCCUCCUGACUCCAGAAUGUGCAAGAUCAACUCCGCCGGCUCUGGAAGUCACGGCCUUUCCCGUGCUGCCGUUGCUGGCUGUCCUGCUGCAGCGCUGUGGAGAACUGAUCUGCCAGACUGUGUCUGCUGGGGCCACCUGAGCCUGCGGGGAACAACUCUCCUCUGCAAGCACUUCCUUUUACCCCAGGGUAGUAUUAAUAAAUUGUUGUUGUCAUACCCGGAGGUCCAGGAGCUUUCUCUUGGUGCCCAGAUUCUUCAGGCCAAUGGGGAGGAGGGGAAAAAGGGCACUUG